GUCUCCAGGCUGGAGACGCCCUAUGAUGAGCCUGAGCCUUGAGCUGCGAUUGGCCGGGGGCUGGCGGGAGGGGCCGGUCCCUUUGGGAAAGACGGAAGUGGGUAAAGCUCCGGGAGGCCAAGGCCAAGUGUGGGGGUCGCGGCCCAUCAGGUUCCGGGAAUCAGGAUGAGCGGCCUGGGCAGGCUCUUUGGCAGGGCAGGGAAGAAGGAGGACGACCCAAGCCCCGAAGAGGCAAUUCAGAAAUUGCGAGAGACAGAGAAGAUACUGAUCAAGAAGCAGGAGUUUUUAGAACAAAAGAUUCAGCAGGAACUUCAAACGGCUAAGAAGCAUGGGACGAAGAACAAGAGAGCUGCCUUGCAGGCACUACGCAGAAAGAAGAGACUGGAACAACAGUUGGCACAGACAGAUGGGACACUAUCUACCCUGGAAUUACAGCGUGAAGCCAUUGAGAAUGCUACCACCAAUGCUGAAGUGCUUCGAACCAUGGGGCUGGCUGCCCGUGCCAUGAGCAAGGCCCACCAGGACAUGGACAUCAACAAGGUGGAUGAGCUGAUGUCUGAUAUCACAGAGCAGCAAGAAAUAGCCCAGCAAAUCUCUGAUGCCAUAUCUCAGCCUGUGGGCUUUGGAGAUAGUGUGGAUGAGGAUGAACUGUUGGAGGAAUUAGAGGAACUAGAACAGGAGAAAUUGAACGAAGAGCUACUGAAUAUGGGAGAGGAUGAAGAGGCAGCACUAGACAAGCUGCCUGAUGUCCCCUCUACUCAUUUACCCACCAGUCCAGCUUCCAAGGCUGAUGAGGAAGAAGAACUGAAACAAUUAGUUAAUUGGGUAUCCUGAAGAAUGCUCUGAUGUUCUUGAAACUUCAUCUAAUUCCCUUCCUUUUCCCCUCAAAUGCCAACAUACUGAGCUGAAGGGUUUAAACCUCAUGAGGCCCUGAUGAGGUAGUAAUCUGACCCUUCCUGAGGGAUUUGAUGCCUCACCUGGCACACCUCGGGAAUGGGGUUACUUUUUGUUUUGGAGAGUUUUUGGAAGGUGUGGGGUGGGGAGAAGAGUUCUCAUUGGAAGCUGUUACAAAAGUCCUUACUCUCAAUAAAAUUGGGCAGAUGGACCCCCAUUGUCUGCCAUCUCUUA